AUCUUUCUGCCAGUCACUUCAGACGCUCAGACCAAGAUGCGGUUUUCUAAAUUGAAACCAGGUGAAGUGUUACAGUCAGAUAGUCGAUAAGAAAAUGAAAGCUAUUUGAAUGAAAAAAAGAACAGAACGUUAAUUGGUACAAAUAAGAGGAUGCCAACGUAUUGACAGUCCGCCGCAUUUUCUCUCAAUCAUUAUCUGCUCAGGUUGCCAUAUAGCGAGGGAAGGUCAGGCUUUCACUGGAAUUCUUUUCCUUCACGUCGAUACACGGCUCACUUGCUCGCCGUCGCGCUGACCCACUCCAACACCAGCUGCCUCACUUAGCAUCGACGCCAUUAUAGCAGGAUGUUAAUGCUGGACGAUAUGCCUGCAGUCAGAGUCAAAGCAGAGCCUCUGGAGUCCCGGCGUGGGAGUCACCCUGAGUCCCCGAAAGUACAUGGCUACUCCAACAUGGACGUCCCGCUCCUGCUAAGUAAAGUCAGGCCUGAGUUUUCAGAGGGCCUACUCUCCGACCAGUUUCAUGCACAGACCGAACCCGUGGACCUGUCAAUCAACAAGACCCGACCAUCACCACCUGCGGGUGCCGUUUCCCCCCGGUCGUCCCCGGUGGCAUCUGCCUUCUCGCCAUCAUCCUCCCCAACAGUCAUCACCUCUGUGUCCUCGGGUCCACCUCCGGGGAUGCCUGCAGUGUUGGCGCCUGGCCCCUUGGUGCCGCCCACCUCGGGCCUCAGGGGCCAGCCCUUUUUGCACAUUGUCCAUCCCGCAUCUCCAUCCAGCCCCAUCAACCUCCAGGCGGGCUUGCUCCCUGGUCAUGCACGACGCGUCCCGGUGGUGGUGCAGCCCGCACCACUGACGUACCCCGACCCGCGUUCCCCAGGGAGUCGUCGCACCGCAGUAAUGCUACCUCUGCUGGACAAGAGGAGGGCUCAGGGCAAGGCAGCGCUGUCUGACCCCAACGGUUUGCCGUCCAGACAAAUCAGAAGCGACAGCGAUGAUGACGACCUGCCGAACGUGACCUUGGACAGUGUAAACGAAACGGGCUCCACCGCUCUCUCCAUAGCGAGAGCCGUACAGGACUCCAUGUCGCCGUUCAGUAUUGAGAGCAUGUCGCGCCCGCGAAGGUGCGAGUCACCCGACUCGAAGAAGAGGCGUAUCCACAGGUGUGACUUUGAGGGCUGCAAUAAAGUGUACACCAAGAGCUCGCAUCUGAAAGCCCACCGCAGGACACACACAGGUGAGAAGCCAUACAAAUGCACGUGGGACGGCUGCACGUGGAAGUUCGCUCGCUCAGACGAGCUCACGCGGCACUACCGCAAGCACACGGGCGUCAAGCCCUUCAAAUGUGCGGACUGCGAGCGCAGCUUCUCGCGCUCCGACCACCUGGCCUUGCACCGCCGCCGGCACAUGCUGGUGUGAGGGUCCGGGCGGGAGGCCGUCUUCACGGGCAGGUGGAGGGGAGGGUGUUCGAGAGCCGGGCGUCUCCCUGUGGAUCUUCGGCCGGACUGAAGGACCCCACACGCUCACCCCUCCAGCUGCCCCGAGCCAGACGAACGAGCGCGGCGCCCCCCACGGGAUACAGGGUCCGGCUCCACGGAACGCCCCGAGGAGGGCAGGAGCACCGCAACGCCCUGGUGGAUUUCGAGCGAAAGACACCUUUUAGGCACUCUUUUAAAGGUAUCACUUCUUCUGCAAAGUGUUUUCCCCAUUGUUAGAACAACAUUCACAAGAGCACACGCUUCUCUUCUGAUUUCCUUGAUGUUUUUUGGGCCCCCGUAAUGUGAAAAAGCCCUGUCGGCGGCUCGGGGUCAGGGGGGGGGGGGCACGCGAGGUGUGUUCUCUUCCUCCUGGUCCUUGGGCCCUGCAAGCAGAUCAAGAGCAGAACGGUAGCCGUGGAUGACUUCUCCGGCCGUGGGGAUCAUCGGUCCGACCAUCAUCAGUCUGACAAGCACACGGAAGACAUGCGUCGCCCUCAUGUUCAGAUUAACUACGCGCACGGAUUAUUAUUGCUCAAUGACAUUAUCCCUCACAAAGUAUCAAAGAUCUUGCAUAUUAAAACACUUGUGCACCUAUAUGUCUAUAUUCAGUGUUUCCUUUAUUCAAGUGGAGGUCUUUUUAUCCUAUGAUCUUAUUUGUUCCUCUCUAUCUUACCGUGUUUAAGUCAUUUUAGAAUGGAUUACCGUGUCGUUAAUCCAUCACCUACUUUACAGUCAUGCUUUAGUGACAUUCUAGUUACCUUUCGGUUUUUGUCUAUAACAAGUUUAUUAGUGCAUUCUGUGCUGUGAUUAGCAAUUGUGCAAUCUUAUUAAGUAUUUUUUUUUUUUUUAAAAUAUUAAGUAUGUUUUAUGUUAAAAUUUCAAUCUCAUUCAUUAUUAAAAACAGAUCCCAUAUUGAGCAGCAGUAUUUUGUACAUGAACAGUAGUAAAAUGAAUAUGUACUGUAUGAAAUUCCUGCAAGCACCUUAACUUUUAGAGAAGAGGCCAUCACGUUGUACCCAGAACCCCUUCAUGGCAGCAAAUCUAGAAAAAAUAAUAGUAGUAACCUCGUUGCUCUCAUAGAGGUGUUAAUAGGAAAGCAUCACGUUUCUAGACACGCGAAAGAAGACGUGUGUGUUUCUGUCUUUGUCUGAAUUCAUACUGUAAUCCUACUUUAGUGACACUUUUCGUUCCAUUCUAUACAUUUUUCUUAUUUGUGAUAAUAUUUCAAAAUUGACUUAAUGUCACAAUUUUCAACAGCAGUCAUAUAUUGGUUACAUAUACUGCAUGUACUGUAUAUUAAUUUGAUUCCAUUUAAGACCAAGGUAACAUACAAUUAUGUCGAAUACUAUUUAUUUUACCGUGAAAGGAAACGUUGUUAUUUGAUGGUCAACAAAUGUUUGUUUGUCUGCAAGUGUCACAAACAGACAAGUGGUCUAUUUAAAUUCAGUAUUGUUAUAAGCAUGUUUAGUGUCCAAUUCAUGCUUAAGAUCAUGUUAAAACACAAUUGCUGGUGUCUGGUUAGUUAUUACUACAAAGAAUAAUAAAGAUUAGCACAAUUUGUCUAAGAUUAUGACACCUACGGUAUAUUCUACUAGUACUGGUGUGUAUUAUAUUAUCUAGAAAACAUGGCACAUUAAAUUGUUAAUUUAUUUUGCGUUACCAUAAAAAUUGUUUUAUUUUAUAUUACAUUUUAUGUGAGUUUGGUUAUUUCAGACCCUCAUUUUUUAGCAUGGUUAGAUACAUUCAUGGUUAUUGGAAUUUUUUUAUAAAAGCAUUGAUCUAUAAGGGCUUAAAAGAGCUUCAUACAUCAGUUCAGUUUAAGCACAAUUAGACUAAAACAAUACCUGGCAAUGAUAAUGCUUUUUUUAACCAAUCGGUCAGCUUUUUAUAGCUCAGAUGUGUUGUUUUUGUGUCUAUUUCCAUGAAUAUGAGAGAUGUAUAUUCACUCCCCAUUGCUAGAAGUAGUGAGCAUAGUCAAAGUAUUCCAUAUGAGCACAUAUCCAUACGCGUGCCUGCAAGUACACGCCCUUCUGGAGCAGUUAUUGCGCCCUCUUAGCGGCUCUAGUUACCUUAGUGCGAAAGGGCCCUUAAAUGCUACCAAUACAGAGCAAUGAGCAGAAUUUACCGGAGGAAAUUCUCAGUUAGAAACUAUGUAUAUGAAGGUAUGAAGAGUCUCCUUCCCUGCUUGCACACUACGUACACAACUCUGAAAAGGAAAGGUUUUCUCCCCAAGUCACUGUGGGAAGAGGGAUGUUUCUGAGGUCAGGAGGUCAGACCCCUCCUGUGUGUCCCACCUAGUGCCAAGAGAGCACCCCCCUCAUGCAUGUAGUGUGACCCUAAAAAGUGGGUUUCAUCAUGGAUCUGGAGUCACAGCAACACCGAUGUGAAAAUGCAGGAGGGCUUUCAGGAAGGAAUAGAGCGACAAGUAAGCAGUAUUCAUUAGCCGUGAGUCGUGGCUUAACUGAGAAAUGAAUUUUUCUUUAAGUGCAGUGCGAAACAAAGCCAACAUGUUUGUUUCAUAAUGGCUAGGUAUUGUACUGGUGUGCAAAUGGAAAUAUACUCUAUAGCUAUUGCACAGCGGUUCGGGUUCAUUCACCUUAUAGGUUCAUAAUGAUCAUCAUGUGACUUUCUGGGUGUGAAAUAUAAAAGGCAAUCUAUUGUGAACAAAGUUAAAGGAAUGACAGUACAAAUCAUGAACAUAUUUUCAUAUCAUGUACUUUUAUACUUUUCUGAAGUAAAGGCAACUUCCUUCCUGCAUAUGACUAUUUUCUGGAUAAAAGGUGUUUUUAAAUG